AUGGGCAAACUGGCGCGGGCCAAGGACCGGCGCGCGAUCCUCGAGGCCACCAAGCAAGACAUUUGGACGAUCUGGUAUGCAGCCGAGCAUGGCAAGACCGAGCGUGUGCGCUGUCUCCUCGAGAAGGGCCGCGUGCACGUCAACGUGGCCGAGCCGCACAUGCAAUGGACAGCGCUGCACUACGCAGCGCGGCACGCCCACGCAAGUGUCAUUCAGGUGCUCCUCGAGCACCAUGCCAACCCCGACGCACUGGACAAGUAUGGCAACUCGCCGCUGCAUCUGUGUGCGGGGUACGGCAGCUAUGAAUGCGCCGUGUUGCUUUUAGAAGGUGGCGCCGACACGCUGUGUCCCAACCACGAGAAGGCGACGGCACUGGACAUGGCGACCGCGAUGGACCACAGUGACAUCCGCAAGCUUCUGCAGUCGUGGCGACCCAUCGAGCUGAGCAUGCAAGAACGGGAGGCCAAGGCUCGUCGCAUUGCAGAAUGA